UCUAACUACACUGCACACUACAUGGUUGUAGUGUUGUGAAAGCUAGUUUUACGUAGACGGCCAUCGUGUUUGCGUUCAGCAAUGGUUUAACAGCUGAGAACAACACAAUUAAUUGUAUUUCUUGUUGCUUCCAAAUACUACGUGCCACAUACAAAUAAGUUUUAUUGUGUAAUUUUGAGCACAUCUUCCGUUCGAAUGGAUUAUCUCCUCAGCAACGGCAAGGGGCAUCCCGUUCUUAAAUUAAAACAAGACAGCUGCUUUCCUUGUGUAUAUACGGAGUGUAUCUUAUUUCUCUCUCUCCACUUGCUUCACGCUUAAAGUAGUUACUUUCAAAUUUGACUUGUUUUGAAUUGUAAAAUAUUUUUUAAUCGACAAUUCAUCUCAUUACCAUCGCAAAUUCAAAUGUAGUAAUAAAAUGGUACAGUACAUUAUAUUUCUAUAAUUUAAUGACUAAACUAACGUAAAAUAUUUAAAAAAGUAAAAACAAAAUCUUGUACCUCUAUCAUCAACUUAUACAAGAAUGGUGCAAUCCAUGAACAUAAUGUGUUAGAAUGUGUUAGCAGUGAAUGAAUAAUGAAAUCAUGCAUUCAAUAACGUAACGUUUUAUGUAAGAAUAGUAAAAAUUCAGAUUUGUAUAAAGUCUUAAAAUUUGUAAAAAGAAAUUGUUUCCUCUGUAAUUGGUAAAAAUUAAUUGGUUUAAUCAUGAGUGAUGAAACUAUAAAAAUUUAUAAUUCAUGUGAUUUUGAACGAAUCACAAAAGGAGUUAAAGUGGUUCAUAGUAUAGAAGAAAAAUCAGAUGGAAAAGUAAAUAUAGACAAGUUAGACAAUCAUGUUGCAUCAGCAAUAUUAUCCUGCUCUUAUUGCAAUACUGUGUUUGAAAAUAAAGUGGAGCAAAGGUUGCAUUAUAAACUUGAUUGGCAUCGGUAUAAUCUUAAACAACAACUCGAAGGUUUGAAACCAAUAUCUGAACAUAAUUUCAAUAUUUUAAUUAAAAAAAAUAAUCAUUCUUUGACUCAAUGUGAAGUUUCUGUCAAUACUACAAAUCUGAACAAAAGAAUAACAAACGAAAAUAAUGGAUCAAAUGAUGAAAUUGUAUAUCAGAGAAAUGAUGUAAAAUUGAAAGAACCUAUGUCAGAAAUAAAAACAAAUAAUGAACAAAUGGAAAAUUGUGAUGAAAGUGAUAGUCCUGGAGUAGAAAUAGAAAAAGAUAUUCUUUUAUCAACUACUACUAGACAGUCGAAAAUAUUAUUUGAAAAUCAAGAUGGCAAUUUCUUUAGCAUAUAUAAUUGUUUAUUAUUACAAAAGAAAAAAACUGUGGCAGAUGUCGAUCACGACGCGAUAGUACAAGUAUUAACGAAAAAGGACAAAUCAUUGUGGACGAUAAUCAUGGUUGGCAGUGGGCACUUCGCAGGAGCAGUAUUUUCAGAUGGCAGUGCGGUGAUCCACAAGACUCUGCAUGCCUACACAGUGAGAGCGAAGCAAGGUUCGGUUCAGCAAUCUCGCGACAAUCGAUACUCUACUCACUGUCGGAGUGCUGGCGCGAGCUUGCGACGUGCUAAUGAGGCUCAUUUUAUUCAGAAAGUACAGCAGUUGCUCAAGUCGUGGUCAGCUUGUUACUUAACAAACUCGUCUCUGAUAUUGUACAGAGCUGUCGGUCCUCACAAUCGAUUAAUAUUAUUCGGUGGUAAAGAUGCCCCAUUAGACAAAACCGAUUCGAGACUGAGGUCACUACCAUUUCCUACUCGGAAGCCAACGUUCAAAGAAAUUUGCCGAGUUUACGAUUUACUCAAUACCGUGGAAGUGUACAGUUCUGCCACUAGUUACGCCAAUGAUUCGCCAGCUGCUAAGCGGUUCUCUGUGCAAGCGAAACAAGUACGCGAUUCUCCAACCAACAACAAAUUAACGGAUGACAUUGCGACUGAAGAGGCCAAAGACAAGACUCAGCAAUUAGAGAUUUCCGUCGAAAGUCAAACGCCAACUUCUAAAAGAAGAAAGAACACACGAGUACGCGCGGAAGUUGCGAAACCUACGAAGAGCCAAAAGCGACGUCUGCCGGACAUUGUAGCCAAAUUAGCUGAUAUAUCUUUGGAAUCUGAAUUUAACUUGCUCGAAGGUAUGGAUGAUAUUCAAGAUCUGACGGAAAGUUCUAUGUCGAUAGAUCUAAAAGAUUGCUUGGAAGAGUUUGAAAAUACGCCAGUUCCCAAGUCGAAGUCAAAGGCGAGAAGACAUAAAAAAUCUUCGCCAAGGACAUCCAACAACUAAUGAUCUCAUCCAUAAUAGAAUGCAUCUUUGCAGCUAGAUUACAUAAAUAGUUCAAAUCAUUUACACUUGUUAUUUUUUUGAUUGUAUUUAAUUAUACAAUUUGUUGAUAUACUGAAUAGUGCAGUGGCUGUAAAUUAUUCUUUGUAAUAUCUUGAUUGACAAUGAAUGCGAUUAUUUGUUAUAACAGAGGUGUGUUACAUUUAAUUUUUUGCAAACUGUUAAGUUUAUCUGCUAAAAUGUUUGUGUGGAGUAGACACAAGAACCAUCUGCAUAGUGAAUUUUCAUUUGUUCAAACAGUCGAUGACACAAAGCGUUGUUUAAAAUGAGACGAAAACAAAAAAAUCUCGUAAAGAAAUUAAUGAUUACAUUAUUAAUUACUUGGUGCACUUCAUAAUUCGAGUUGUUGUUUAAAAUUACACAAGUGGCUGCUGGAAAUUUCACGUAUCAUUCACAAUGUCAAUAUUCGCACAUGAACGCAUGAACAUUACAUAAUUUUAACAAAAUGAUUCAUGUGAAUUCGAUUUCUUGAGUUUCUAGUAUUACUUAUAAAAUCAGGCAUCCAAAUAUAAAUACACAUGUUUUUACGCGAAAUAAAAAAGUAUAUUUUAUAUAAUUUUAUUUGCAUUUUCGAUGAAUUUACUCAAUAUGAAGUAUCUAGUAAAUUACAAGUUGCGCAUGAAAAAGCAGUUCCUAAACCAAAUGGAUACUUUCAAAGCUGAAGAACUUUAUGAACAAUGUAUUGCCAUAACGGCACUGUCCAAUUUUCAAAAUUCAGCUUAGUAUGCUUUUACAGAGCCGUUCUAUAAAAUAUUAUUUUUAAUUUGCGAAUAAUUUUUAUAACGCGAAAAUUUCUAUGCGAUUUUAUGAAAGCCAGGUGAUGAUUUAAGGCCACUAACUGUGUAUGAUAUAGCACAACGGCGCAUAAGAAUAGAUAAACAGAUAAUCGGGGUACGACUCAAAGUAUUCGUUAUUUCGGAAAUCAUCGUUUACAAGUGGAUCUAGAGGGCAACUCAACUGUUCUUUUACAAAGCCGUUUACAUAAUGUAAGUUCGCUGAAUAACGUAUAUGCAAAUAAAAAUGUAUUCGUAGCGAGUCGGUUGUUCGUGUGACUUUGCACGAGCGUUUAGACAUUUUUUAAUUUUAAUUUUGAGAAUUUGUGAUUGCGCUUACAAGGGUGUCCUAAAUUGUUGAAACUGUUUAAAUAUGCGAUGUAAAUAUAUUUUUCU